AUGUCUGCUACCAACAUCGCCCCUGUUACAUCUGAUGCCGUCACCGUUGACAGUACUAACACCAACACUCCUGUUGAUGCCAAACAAGAAGCUCUCAAGAAGAUAGCUGCGGAGAAAGAGGCCAAGCGCAUCGAGAAUGUUGCUAUACAGAAGAGGAAACUCGAAGCUGCCAUGCAAAAGGCGGCGCAAGAGUUGAUGUCUAAGGGCAAUAGCGCGAUCCUCAAGGCCCAGGCUAAUCGACCUUCACGACGACCGGCGAAGAAGAACCGAAAACCGCUUCCUCCUGCCAACCGGACUCACGAGAUCGAAGCGACUAUGGAGAAGACGAAAGCUAGCGCUGAAGAGAAGCGUCUUGCUCCUCUGCGGAUAGUACGUCCAAGCUACAGCUACAGCGAUAUCGUCGAGCAGCGUGUUGUCGACGGCGUCGUUGAGCGCAUUAUUCAUACCAGCCAUUCUGUGCAUGAGUCUUGUGCCGUCGACAACCACGACGAUAGUAUUGAGCAGCGCAUGGCUGACAACGUCACUGAACCUAAUUUCCAAUCCGCUGAUGCGCCCAAGACUGCCCAGUCUGAUACCGACGUUGAGUCAGAUAGGGCCACGGAACCUGAUACUGAGUCAGACGAAGACGCUCCUCAGCUAGUCCAAGAGCUUGCUUCUCCUGAGCAGGUCACUGAGCUUCAAGACGAGGAUGAUUCCACCGAAGCUGUCGCUGUCACCGCACUGCCCCACAUCUAUGUCACCGCCCCGACAGAUGAUGCGGAUGAGGAGACUCCUAUGUCUGGAAAUUUUGCUGAGGCAGUCGACAAGUCGCCCGAGCCAAUGAAGGAGGCCGCUUCUGAGAAGUCGCCUUGUAGCCCUUCGGCGAUUCUGUCGAUGCCCAAUUCGGCUCUUUAUCCUUCGCGCCUGUCCCGCGAUGAAGAGGCUAAGUUGGUCGCUAUGCACGUCGCGCCCAUCGUACUGCCGGUCACUGAAGCCAAGCAGCAGAAGCUUACCAAGGCUGAGAAGAAGGCCGCUAAGACAUCUGGGGCAUCUAAGGAGGUGGCCACGACAAAGUCCGAUGUGGCUCAAAAGCCUCAAGGAACCGACUCUGUUGAGACUACGAUGGAUAUCGUCGAGCCCAUUGCCAUAACCGAAGACUCCGCAUACGUCGCGACACUUCUAGCGAGAUUCAAUGGCUCUGGUGUGACCACAAAGUCUCGCGACCUUCACGACAGGCUCGUCGCACUUCAUGUCGCUCCUCUCUCGCUACCAGUCACUGUACCCAAGCAGCAGAAGACCAACCGCAAAGCUACCAAAGCCAACCUCCAGAUGUCUACUCCGGCUGAGAAGAAGAAGUCUGAUUUUGUCGCCUCUCUUCUUUCCAAGCCUAACGGCCCAGGUGAGACCGCACAGGCGCGCGACUUCCAUGAGAAGCUGGUUGCGCUCCAUGUGGCUCCUCUUUCGCUGCCGGUCAUCGCGCCCAAGCAGCAAAAGACCUCAAAGACCAGGCAGAAGGCUUCCAAACUUGAUAAGAAGAAGUCCGUCGCUACGGAGAAGAAAGAGCCUGACUUUAUCGCCUCUCUUCUCUGCAAGCCGAAUGGCCCGGGUGAACACAAAGGAACCCGCGACCGUCACAACAACCUCGUUGCUAUGCAUGUAGCCCCACUCGAACUUUCGGUAUCCAUCCAACAGGAUAAGAAUAAGAAAGCCGAGAAGGUCAACAGGUAUAUUGAGACUUGGACCGCUGACCCUGAUGCCGUUGAUCCACUGAUUGCCAGCAUGGUGCCUCCCAUUACUGAGGAGUUCAUCUCCGCUGUUGAGGACCUGGUCACAGACGAUGCAACGCGCGACGAGCCGUCCAAGGUCAUUGCGCCUCCCAUUCAUGGGUUCUGGCAAACUGUUCUCUCCAAACCCACUGCCGACGAAGCCACCACCGUCGAGCAAACCGUCAUCAUCCCCGACUCAUCCUCGGAGUCCGACACCAUAGAAUCAUUCAGAACCUCCAGCCGCACCUCAACGCACUCCACCCCAUCCAUCCGCCGCGCAGCCUCAAAAGCACGCACAACCCUCCUCGGCGCCACCUCCCUAGAAACCUUCAUCACCACCCUCGACUUCGAACUCUGGGACGGCACAACGACCAAAGACGAUAUCUGCGAGGCCUUCGCUUCCCUAUCCGAUCACCCCACAACCACAACAACUAGUCUGCAUACCGCUAAGAUCCAGCGGAAGAUCAAGUUAGGCAGUACGUCACUAUACGCGUUCCUGCGUCAGAUUACGUUCAUCGAGGACGACGUGACGGUUGUGGGGGAGGUGAUGAGGGUGUUUAGGAAGGCGGCGGGGGGGCAGGUGACGGAGACGAAACUGGAGGUUGCGCUGUGGCUUGCGGAGGAGACGGAUGAGGGGGAGGGGAGGAGGCGGGGGAGGCGCGAGGAGCGGGCUUCGGUGGCUGGUAGGGGUUAG